UGUGUCUCUCUCUCACGCACACAUACACAUUCUCAAUGCCCAUUUUUGGCUCCUGGAUACAAGCGGAUGAUGGGAUCAAAGAGGAACUCCCAAAUUAUUAGUUAAGCAGGACCUCCAUCUUCCUGGAAAAUGCCCAGAGUGGUCUUUUUGCUUCAUAACAACCCAUAAGGUAGAUCUCUGGCUGACAGUGAUUUCCCAAAUGAAGGCUCACAAGUUAAGUGCUCUGCUUGGUGUUCAGCUGGACAACACCUUCGCUGUUCUGGAGAUGGACUUGCUUUCUGGGACUUACCUCUUGGCAGUCUUACUGGUCUGCAUCGUGUUUCAGUCGGGCGCCCAGGAGAAGAAUUACACCGUGCGGGAGGAGUUACCGGAAAAUGUCCUGAUUGGCAAUUUGCUGAAGGAUCUCAAUCUGACCCUUGACCCCGAUGUGCCCCUUUCAUCUCCCCUCCAAUUCAAGCUUGUGUACAAGACUGGCGAUGUCCCCCUCAUCCGCGUGGAGGAGAAUACCGGAGAAAUAUUCACCACGGCCAACCGCAUUGAUCGGGAAAAGCUUUGCUCUGGCAUUUUUAGUGAGAACCGUUGUUUUUAUGAGGUGGAAGUCGCAGUUCUUCCUGAUGAGGUCUUCAGGCUGGUCAAGAUUCGAUUCCUGAUCGAGGAUAUAAAUGACAACGCUCCUCUUUUCCCUUCAACGGUCAUCAAUAUCUCCAUCCCCGAGAACACCGCGAUCAAUUCCCGCUAUUCUGUCCCAUCUGCUGUUGAUCCUGACAUUGGAGUGAAUGGCAUUCAACAUUAUGAACUCCUUAAGCCCAAAACAGCUCCGAAAAGGACUUUUGGAUCCAUUACAAAUGAACAGGGUCAAAAUGUAUUUGGACUUGAUAUAAUUGAAACACCUGAAGGAGACAAGUGGCCCCAGUUGAUAGUGCAACAAAUUCUUGACAGGGAGCAGAAGGACACCUAUGUGAUGAAGAUUAAAGUGGAAGAUGGUGGAAACCCUCCGAGAUCCAGCACAGCCAUUCUGCAAGUCACCGUCAUUGAUGUGAAUGACAACCGUCCAGUCUUCAAGGAGAAUGAUAUUGAAGUCAACGUACCUGAAAAUGCACCCGUGGGCACCUCCGUUUCUCAACUCCAUGCCACCGAUGCCGACUUAGGGUCCAACGCCCAGAUUCACUUCUAUUUUAGCAGCCAGAUCUCCAGUUUGGCCAAAAGGCUGUUUGCCAUAGAUAACACGAGUGGUCUUAUCACUGUCAGGGAGCCCUUGGAUCGCGAGGAAUCCCCAGUACACAAAUUAACUGUUUUGGCAAGCGAUGGCAGUUCCACACCCUCCAGAGCUACCGUAACAGUGAACGUCACAGACAUUAACGAUAACAUUCCCUCAAUAGACACAAGAUACAUUAUCAACCCAGUGAACGGGACUGUGUUACUAUCUGAGAAAGCACCGCUCAAUACUAAGAUUGCCCUGAUUACUGUAAUGGAUAAGGAUGCUGAUCUCAAUGGCAAGGUUACUUGCUUCACAGACCACGAUGUCCCAUUCAGGUUAAAGCCGGUGUUUGAUAACCAAUUUCUCCUGGAAACGGCCACCUUCCUAGACUACGAGGCCACCAGAGAAUAUGCCAUAAAAAUAGUGGCUUCUGACUCGGGAAAGCCACCCUUGAACCAAUCUGCGAUGCUGCUGAUCAAAAUUAAAGAUGAAAAUGACAACGCCCCGGUGUUCACGCAGCCUGUGAUCGGGCUCUCCAUUCCCGAGAACAACGCUCCUGGAACCCAGCUGACCAAGAUAAGUGCUACCGAUGCUGACAGUGGCCGCAAUGCUGAAAUCAGCUACAUGCUGGGACUGGAUGCUCCCCCUAUUUUCAACCUGGAUCGCCGUACAGGCAUUCUGACAGCCGUGAGAAAGCUGGAUAGAGAAAAACAGGAUCGCUAUUCAUUCACCGUGCUGGCUAAAGAUAACGGCAUGCCACCUUUGCAAACCAAUGCUACCGUGACUGUUUCUGUUUUGGACCAAAAUGACAACAGCCCUGCUUUCACACACAAUGAGUACAACUUCUAUGUGCCAGAAAAUCUACCUAUGUAUGGCACUGUUGGACUGAUCACUGUGACAGAUGCAGACUCUGGAGAAAAUGCAAUAGUGACCUUGUCUAUAUUAAAUGGCAAAGAUAAUUUCAUUAUCGAUCCUCUCACUGGAGUCAUAAGGCCUAAUAUUACUUUUGACAGGGAGCAGCAAGGAUCUUAUACUUUUCAGGUGAAAGCAGUGGACGGGGGCAGGCUACCACGCACCUCCACGGCUAAAGUCACUAUCAAUGUGGUCGAUGUGAACGACAACAGGCCUGUUUUUGUCAUUCCUUCCACCAACUACUCCUAUGACCUGGUUCCAAUGUCUGCCAGUCCCGGCUCAGUAGUGACAAAAGUGUUUGCUGUGGACAAUGACACUGGAAUGAAUGCUGAGCUGCGUUACAGCAUUAUUGGUGGGAAUUCGCGAGGGUUGUUUAUGAUUGAUCAGUUAACGGGCAAUGUCACUUUGAAGGAGAAAGUCAUCUCAGCAGAUCAUGGGUUGCACAGACUGGUAAUCAAAGUCAAUGAUUUAGGGCAGCCCGAAUCUUUAUAUACCAUUGCAUUAGUGCAUUUGUUUGUGAACGAAACAGUCACCAACGGAUCCUACGUCCAAGAGUUGGUGCGCCGAAACAUGGAAACUCCAGUUGGCCAAAACGUUGGGGAUGGAGACAUCACCCCACAAACCAAUGACUACGUCAAAAUCAUCAUUGCCAUUAUUGCAGGCACCAUGACGGUGAUACUGGUCAUUUUUGUGACCGCUCUGGUACGUUGCCGCCAAACCCCCAGGCACAAAGUGGUGCAGAAAAGCAAGCAGAGUGGCGAGUGGGUCUCCCCGAAUCAAGAAAACCGUCAGAUCAAGAAGAAGAAGAAAAAGAAGAAGCGGUCUCCCAAAAGUCUUCUUCUGAACUUUGUGACCAUUGAAGAAUCCAAGCCUGAUGAUCCUGGCCACGAACACAUUAAUGGCACUUUGGACAUUCCUGUAGAGCUAGAAGAACAGACUAUGGGAAAAUAUAACUGGGCCACCACACCCACCACCUUUAAACCUGACAGUCCAGAUUUAGCAAAGCACUACAAGUCUGCCACUCCACAGCCCACGUUUCAAAUUAAACCUGAGACUCCAGUGCCACCGAAGAAACACCAUGUCAUACAGGAGCUGCCUCUAGAUAACACAUUUGUGGUGGGCUGUGACACCCUCUCCAAGUGUUCUUCCAGUAGCUCAGACCCGUACAGUGUCUCUGAAUGCAGCUGUCAAGGAGGAUUCAAGGCUCCUGGCUCUGUUCAUACCAGACAGCUCUGAACGUCUUCGCAUCAACUGUUAAGUACCGAAGUCGUACACAAUGAUGUUAAGCCAGCAAACAUGGAAAUAUGGGCAUAGCACGAGAAAGCCCUUUGUCUUCCCUCCCUGAUUGCUGAAGAAUUUUAUCGUCUGAUCUCCAGAGGGUUUUCGAAGUGGCGUUGAACUGUUCAAGCUGCCCUACUCAAAGGUAUUCAGGGCCAGGAUACCUAACAAUUGGAAGGAAUGCAAAGGAAAGGAAAGGAAAAAAAAAAAAAAGACCAAGAGACUUUAGAACAUUGUGCUUUAGCUGUUCUAUAAUGUUGUUUUUAUGAUGAAAGAAAAGGAGGGGGAAAUUGUUAUCAUCGACCACUACUCUAUGUGAAUGGUGGUGAACUGUGAGAUACACCUUUCAUUCUUUUCUGUUGCUUCUAGCUGCAUUGUUUUUAAUUGAUUCAUUCCCUUAAUUUAUUUAUGUUCACAAUACCUGUGGUCCGUUCUUCCCAGUCUUUAUUCAUAUUGAAAAAAAAAGAGCAAUAACUGUUAUGCAUAUACACUUGAAACAGACAGUGGUCAAAUUCUUUAUACUCCCUGCAUUUCUCGACAAAAGCUUUGUGUGCUUCACAGUGGGGGGGAAAAUGUUAUUUAUUUUUGGAGUAUUUCGUAGGAAGACAUGGUCACUACUAUCAGAGUAGCCAAAUCCAGGGUGCUUGGGUUGUUCUUUUGUUUUGAUUUGCAAACUUAGUUCAUUUCAAUAUUGGUGAUCUUCUUAGCAGGAUGAGAAGCUACUUUCUCACCCAUUUUGACUAUAUUGUAUGAGAGGGGAAAAGACAGUUUCCAGUUAGAAGUUUCUUAAAAGUUAAUGCAAGCUAAACUUUUAAGAAGAGAAAUUUACAAUGUCGCCCAUCCUCAAUCAGGAAGAGUCUGAUAGCACCUUUUAAUAGGUUUAUAAAUAAGGCAUACCUAUUGGUCCUGAUGCUUCUGAUCUUUCAUAAAACAUUGGAGACCUUGAUGUGAGGAGGGGAAGGAGUCAGGAAAUUAACUGGCCUGUUGAUUUGGUCUGGGUUUAUCCUCAACUUUUUAAAAAAGAAAAAUCUUUUGCUAUUUUUUUUUUAAAGUUAGCUCCUUCGAGUUGCAUUCACAAGAUCAGCUGGUGUAGAAAUCAAUGUAAUAAAUAAUAAGUAAGCUUUCGUGAGCGGCUGCUCUCAUUGUGUGAAGGUACUACUAAAUUCCUUCUGGUUUUUGGAGAAAAUUGACUCUCUUCCUUCUACAAGCAGAGAAUAGAACAAAUAUAGGAGGAACGUGAUAGUACAGACUAGAGAUUUGUGCGUACAAAGCGGGGUGCAGGAUAUCCACCCGUGAUGUGAUGUUAAUUGCUUAGGGUGAAGUUAAUAUUUUAAAGGGAACCUCCAUUGGUACAAUAUACACUGAAUUCCAGUUCUCGAAUAUUUAUAUAUAUAAAAAAACACUUGCUUUUAAUGCAACGUAAGGCUGUUAACAAUGGAGAAAAAAUGACUAUUCUUGAUUGGUGUUUAUCAUAUAUUGAGAAUGUACACUUCUAUGUCUGGUCCAGUUGCGUUAGUAUGUUUCCUUGUCCCAUCUUUCAGGCAAUAAGAAAUAGAAUAUUGUACACUGUAUCUAACAAUCUUGCCUUUCUUAUACAAUUUAACGAGCAAAGGCCCACAUGGGGGAAAAAAGAAACAAACAGGAACAAAUAGAUGUUCUUCCUGUAGGAUUUAUUGGACAGAAACUCUGCAAGCUUGUUCUUCUUUUCUUUUAAAGAGAAAAAAACGGCAUAAAAGGGGGCUAUUUUUAUUUUAUUUUAUUUUUUAAAAAACUAUUAUUAUAGGGGUGCUAUUAGAAAAAUUCAUUACAUGAAAAAGAGCACUGUCCCCUAACUGAAUACUUCGUAUUUGACUGCCACAAAAAGAAAUCUAUUUUGCACAUUCUGUUACUAUAUGUGUACCAGGCAAGCAGAAACACACACACAAAAACAAACACAAAAAUAAACACAUAAACACACACUUAGACACACACAGGAGUUUUCAUUCCAUGUAUUCUCCAUGUCUUUGUCUGGAAUUCUUAAGAAAUUCAUGGAACCUUCAGACAGUGUAAUGUAUAGUGAACACUAAUGACUCUCAUUCCUUUUCCAAACCACACUAUUAAGAGUGCCUAUCUUAAGCUUAAUGCAGUCAAUGUAGAGAUGCUUCCUCAAGUUCAGUUCUUCCUUAAAAAAAAAAAAAAAGAGGGGGGGGGAGGAAAAUGAGCUGGAAGUCCAUGAUGGGCAUAGAAGCUUCGUAUACUCACUGGAAUUCAGUACACCAGUGGUUUUCAACCUGUGGUCUGUGGACCCUUGGGAAGCUCAGGAUGUCAGGGGGUUCUGCGAAGGUUUGAAGAAAUGAUUUAAAUCUUGGGAGUCCAUGGCCAUGUUCCGUGGCCCCAAAAGGGGGUGGGGCGGUCUGUUGAUACCACCACAGUAUACAGUUCCCAAGGAGGAUCUUGAGCUUUGGUAUGUCUGAAUAAAAACACUUGCACGCACUAGCCUUUAUAUUUAAUUAAAAACUCAGUAUCUAAUGUAACCACACUUUAAAGCUGAAUUUGCUGUAUUCCACUUCCUCUCUCGUCCAGCUGUAGAUUGUAAACUAGACUUUAGUGCAAAUUCCCACCCAAUAUUGACUAUUGAAUUCUUCUGAUGGGAAAUGGUUACGUGGUUCUCUGGUUUGUAUACUAUAAUAAAUUAUACAAAUUAUAUAUAACAGGAUCCUAACUGAAAGAAACAACUGGUUGUAAGGACACACCUUUUCAAAAUAGAGAUACAUACAGAACAAAGAAACAACAUUUCUUCCCUCUUUCCUAAUUCAGUGCAGAUAUUUUGUUCUGAAACUUGCUGUUCAAUACAACAAUUAUUUUGAAACACCUUUGUCCAGCCUGCCUGAGUUCCAGAUGUGAGCAUUUCAACUCCUAGAAUUUUCAGCCAUGCCCAGUUGAUCUCUGCACAUCUGGAUAAUGCUCAGAUUGGAUCAGAUUCCAAGAGAUGCAGACGAAUCUGUCAUUUUCUGGGAUAAUCACAUGUUUUCAAGCACCAGGGAAUUCUGUUCUGUUUUCAAAUCUGUUAGUAAUGUGUUGUUUUCUCCAAGGUUCUGCAUGAAAAUUGAUGCACAUUUUAUUUCCAAAGUGUUCUGUUGUAGACCCUUUCCCCCCAUUGUACACGGUUUUCUUUAAUUCACACCUGUAGGUUUUUUUCCCCCUCAACAUGCACAUUUUUGUACGGCGAUUUUUAACUGUAGAACUGCAUCACAAAAUUAGUGUGAAAACUGAAGAAUAAUUAUCUUACCUUAUUGCUUUGGAAUGUGUAAAUGAGUUGAGCUUGUAUUAAAAAUGUAAAGUAAAUGAAAUUCAUCCCCAUGAGGAUCAAGUGAUGUGAGGCAGUCCAGAUGGGCAAGACAACAGAAUGUAGUACAUGCUUAAAACUUUAAUUCAAUUACUAUGAUUUUAAGAAGUGGCUGGAAACAAUAAAAUAGGGCAACUGGUAGGGAGGGAGGCAUCUCCCAAAUGAAGGAGAGCUAUAAAGUGGGAAAUAAAUUCUUUGACUCAACUAUCAUUCAUUUGGACUGUUGAAAUAUGUAUAGUACAAUGCUGUCAGGAAUGAAGAGUUCAAGUUGAAUAAAAGUUGUGUCCAACUCUAAAGCUGAGAAAGCCAGCAUUGUCUGAAGGUGCUUCUGUGGUCAUGUGGCCAGUAUGACUAUAUACCAAGGCAUAUACAAUGCUGUUACCUUUCCACCAAAGUGGUACCUAUUUAUCUACUCACAUUUGCAUGCUUUUGUACUGCUAACUGGGCAGGAGCUGAGGCGAGGAACAGGAGCUCAUCCCGUCACAUGGUGGUCAGAUCUUAAACCCGGGCUGUCAGCUUUCUAGCUGACAAGCUCAGCAUAUAGUGCCCCCUCUCAAAUUGUCUCCCUUAUUGCAAUUCUGUCUAUAGUAGAGGAGUCCCCCCCCCAUCCAUUCUAUGCAUUUGAUAUAUUUGGUCUAAGGAAAAAGCUUUGCUUUAGUCUCUAUCACAUUUUCUUGUGUCAUCUUUAGCACAUUUUUUCCCAGUCUUCGAAAAUGAUUGUUUCUCUCUCCUAGAAUAUUAUCAAUCUUGUGUCAUUGGAAAAUAAAACAUUCUUUUGUUCUACAUCUUUAUCCAAUAAGUUGAAUACCAGGCCCUGAACCAAAUCUUGUGGUACUCUAAUCAGUUCAAACCAUAGUUCGGUUCAGGCUGACAUCUGCAGCUGAGUGCAAUAGCUUAUUUGACAAGUCCUGUUGUUGUUUUUUUAAAUCCAGGAUUUGUAUUAUGUGUCAACUGAGCCUAUAUUUUAUAUCACUUCAAGCAGCUAAUGCUUCUUGAUGGUCCAGGUGAUGAACUUAUGUGUUUUACCUGACUUUGAAGAAGAUUGAGUUCAGGAAAGCUAUCUUUCCAGCAUUCGGCUUUGCCUUGGUAUUAAAUUUGCACCUUUCCUUGUUGACAUGAGGAUGAGAAUAUCACUAGAAAUUUAGCUAUUGGAUCUGGAUCUUAAGUAGUAGUAGUAGUACGGACAAAUAGCCCAUAUAUAAAUCUGUUGCCAAAAAUAUAUGCUGUCUAAAAUAAAUUAAAAAGUUGAAUAGAUGUGCAUUAUUUGUUAAAAAAAAAAAAAGAAGUAAGGAAGUUUGCAUUGAUAGACAGACCAGAAGAUCGUACUAAUAUUUUCCCCAUGUAUUUCCCUAUAUAUCACCUGUCACUUUGUCAAUUGUUAGGUGAAGACAGAUGCCUUAAGUAUUGUUAUACCUUUUUGUCAUAUUUACUGACUUGGUUCUAAUAAGUGGGUCUUCCCAAGAGCAUUCAUCAAAGCAACAGCUACUAUCUUGCACUAAGGCACAAUUCACUGAGGAAGUGAAGAUGCACAGAAGUCAAGAGGAAUAUAGAUUACUUAUUUUUUGAUCAUGUAACUAUCAGCCAGAGCAUGUGGCAUUGUGGCAUCCCACAAAGUAUUCACUUCCUAAAGCUUUAAUGUACUUUUGUGAAUCGCAAAGAAAGUCAACAUUUUCCUCCCUUCGUGUAAGCUUCGGAUUUCACAAAACUAUUUGAGAACAUGGGCCUUAAAAAAACAUUUUUGGGGUCUUUUUUGGAGAUUGGGGAGGGCACAGGUUUUAAAAUGCUUAAAGGAAAACCUUAAUGAAUUGCAUGGUUAGCUUGGGGAGUUAAGGCUUAGAUUUCCUGUUAGAACAAUUGAUCAGUGGAACAACUUGCCUCCAGAAGCUGUGGAUGCUCCAACACUGGAGAUUUUAAAGAAGCGAUUGGACAACCAUUUGUCUAAAAGGGUAUAGGGCUUCCUUCUUGAGCAGGCAGUUGGACUAGAAGAACUCCAAGGUCUUUUCCAACUCUGUUAUUCUGUAAUUCUUUUUCUAGUAUUGGCAAAUCUUUUCUGGUAUUUGUUCUUCACCAUUACGUGUUUAAUCCCCAGGGACUGAGUGCCAUGAUCAAACAUGGAAUUAGUAUGUCACUUAGCAGUAAUAUUCCACAUUUUGAUGUCUUCAGAAGUUUACAGGUCUGUCCAUUGAGUGUCUGUCUACUCAAUACCCAUAGGUGGGAGCAGCAGGGCAUACACAUCAUAGGCAGCUGGUCUUAAUGAGAUAUUUAUCCUUCUGGAGGCACCUUAUGCCCUAUCUCUAAGACAUCUCACAGAAAAUGUAGCAUUAUGCCUUGACGUUUUCUUGAGAUGGAGUGCAUUUUCCUCAGUCGGCAGUUCUGUAACUUCUAUCAAUAAAUGAGUGCAGGAGAUGGAGAUACUCUUUCUGAUUGGGGGGUGGACCGUUGCUUCAUUUCAGAAAAGCAUUUUGAAGGGUUGGCUCCAUCAAAAACCUUGUACACUCAAGAUUUUCAUAACCCUAGUAAACAGCUAUUUUCUCAGGCUGGACCUUGGAGAAAUGCAAUUUUCUGCUUUGAACAAGGACUCAGUUUGAUACAGCUACUACACUCAUUCUCGGAGAAAUGAGCAGCUGUGGAAAGCAAUCUUCUGUUCUUGGGUAUGGAAUAUUAGCAAUACAUGGGCAUUUGGUAUCAUUUGGCAGAGAACAGUCUCUGCUAGUUCAGCAGGAAGCUUGAAGAACUAAACAAAGUGGCUUGCCCUGCUUUUUAAGCAAUGCUUUUCUUCCAGAUUUUGAAAAAAAGAAAACCAAUUUUGCUGAUGUGGGAAACAUAGCAAGCCUAUCAUUAAGCAUGGUAAGGCAUUAAGCUCAGAUACCACGUUUUUCUCAGAGGUACCCAUGACACGAAUGAAUUGCACUCUCUUUCUCUUAAUCAGUAGACCAGCUAUGUAGGUCAGCCAGGAUUUGCUAAGUCUUUGUUGUGGCAAUGGUUUUUACUGUUUUUCCAUCUAGAGUGGGCCAAUUUUCAUGGGAUCAAUGUUGGUCUUCCUCUUAAUCGCAAGAGAAGAAAGGGAUAAUGCUACUUCAGUGAGUUAUUUUCAUGUUGCUGUUGGCUGGGAGAAAGCGAAGUAGGGCCUGUUUAAAGCUAAACUGAACCCAUCAAUUAACCUCUUUUUGAAGUUCCUCCAUUGACCCAUGAAUCCUCAUGAUAAAGGCUGGAGAAUAAUACCCCUUAUGGCUUCCUUGCCAGGUAAUCAAAUGGAAGAUGUUCUUUCGUUGGGUGGUGAUGGGAGAGAAUCUGCUCCUUUAUCUUAUUAAUUAGGAAACUCAGUUAGUGGUAAUCUGUUGAUUUUACCUAAAAGAGGGUCAUCUACUCCACCAGGGACAUUUUGAGAAUUUCUGGGACUUGAAGUUCAGACAUUUGGAGUUUGCUAAAGCUGAGAAACUCUGGAUUACCAGAAACUCUGCAAAUAUCAUACUGGAAUGUGUCCCCAUCCAUCCAUUCAUCCAUUCAUCCAUCCAUGUUUCAUAUUUCUUAACCUCCCAUCUCUCUGGCCCUAUUUCUCUCUGCAGUUGCCAAAGGUUAAACAUUUGUGCACAAAGCACAAAAUUAAAUGAAAACGCUGCAUCAUGCAUCCUUGUGGAUACUUUCAGAAUAAAUUGUUAAGUAUACUUUAGAGUGGAGAUUUUUCAGUGUGAUUAAAGAAGAGGGUAACCAUUAAGCAAAGCCUUUCUUUUUGAUUUUUUCCCCUGAAAUGAACGUCGGAAGUCAGAAGCCAAAUGUUUUUUUUCUGAAUGCCUUCUCAAAUGCUUCAAGGCAUAGUUCUUUGUAGAAAAUGGACUGGAAAACAAAAGUUGGAGAUAGAAGACAGUAUUCGUAAGCCUGUAAUAGGCAGUCUAAUGUCCCAAAUUGAUCACUGAAGAUGAUCAUAAAACUCCAUUAUAGAAAUUUUGGCAUUUGGUUUAGUUAAGUCUCUGUUCCAAGAAGUAAAUAUACUCUGCUUCCCUGCUCUCAAAAUUCAAGACAGCUUCGCCCUCAAUGUUGAGAAUUGUGUUGUCUUAACUUUUUCCCGUGUGAAUAAUGCCAGUUAAUAGGAAGUCAGAUUUUAGUGGAUCCAAUCCCUGGUCAUUCAAAACUGAAUUCUAACAGCUCAGAAGAACAAGUAAGCUGUGAGUUUCUGCCAUCUAAAACAAAUGUCCGCUGGCCUGUUGGGUAAAUGUCACCAUUAUUUAUUUAUUUUACUACUUGAUGGGAGGGUCAGGGUGUGAAGACUUAAAGUGCACAAGUUAGAACUGAAAGAUGGAAAUCCGUCUGCAACAGGGACACCGUGACAGAAGAUGGAAGACUGUAAAUAUGGUUUUCAAGUGCUUAUUGCCCUUUCUGAUGAAAAGGGCAGACUGUUUUUAAAUAUUUAUGACUUUCUUGGUCAAAAGCUGCCACUAAUUCUUUGUUGCAUGUAUUUGUAUGUUACCUGUAUUUUUCUUCAGGUUUUGUUUUUUUUGGGGGGGGGGUUUAGGGUCAGCAAUAUAUUAAAAGGAAGGUACCCAUUUUCACAUUUUGAGCUUGAGCAAGAACAAUACUUGGUUUCAACGAACAAAUAUGUGGAAGUCUCUAGAAUCUUUGGGGGAAAAAAAUGCACAACAACAUCUAGUAUAAGAUUAAAGAAUCCCAGGGUGUGAAAAUAAAUAGUAGAUGGACGUCUAUGAUGGGACAGUUUACAAACAUAGUUGUGGAAAUUAUGGAUUUCACAUGUUCACCCAAAGCUUAAUGAGCUUGCUUGAUUGUUUUUUGUCCUUUUUACCCCUAAAAUCUUAUCAGAACAGUAACAUUAUUUGUGUAUGUAGAUUCUCAGUCAUCUAGGUCAUGGUUGUUCCAAAGGAACAUCCUUUUUCAAAAGAUUUUUCCUUGAAGAUGUUUUGCUUCUCAGUUCUGAAGAAGCUUCUUGGAUGGGAAGUGAAAUGUCUUCAAGGAAAAACAAAGAAAGUCCAGUUACUUUUUGAAAAAGCUUCUUUGGGACAGUAGCAAUAGUUGUUCUUAACAGAUACAUCAAUUAUUCCUAAGACGAUCAGAGUUAUAUAUAUAUCUUUCAUCAAAUCACAGAUGAAUUUUGCAUUCUAGAAUGAAAUUCAGGAAUUGCAGCCAAGUGAGGAUUGCACCAAAGAUGUUUACAUUUAAAGAUAUUAUUUUUUUAUAGGGAAGCUUAGUUAUGGAAGAAAUAAAGAAAAAAAAAGUAACGCAGUUAAUAUCAGUAUAUAAGAGAGUUUCCUUGGAUAUACGGCAGGAAAUGUACACACAAAUCCUCCGAAAUGUUAUGUCUAUCAUAUAUGGCAGCCCAAUUAUUAAAAAGCAUUUAGCAACCAAGAAUGAUAGAUUGGUUACAGUUAUUUGGCUUUAAAACACUAACUUGGCAGAGAUGAAUAUGCGCUUAGUUGUUUACAAAAUUCCAGCAUCUGUCCUUACAAUCCUCUUAUAAGGAAAAAAAAAAUCAGUUCAGAAUUAACAAAUGGCAACAUGGAUUUUGAAAAGGAGAUGGAAUCCAGCAGAUUAUCCACUGGGAAAGAUUUUGUGGUUCCUCGGUUAACUGCUUUUAACCUUUGUGUUAGACUUGUUUGCCAUGUUUCAAAUGCUACCGAGACUUCAGCCAUGAAACAUUUUAAAAGGCAUCAGAGAGCUUGAAAUAUAUAUCUCUUGCAGAUGAGGUUACAUGUCCUGUUCCAAGGAAAUAAAAUUUCCUUAUAAUUUUAUAAUGAAACUUAUUUAAAAAUGUUUUUUUCUCCCAAUUUACGUGGACAUUCCUGAGGGUGGGGGAAGGGUGGUCAAAGAUUGUCAGCUAUGGCAGUGUGAUCAAAUCUUUCCCCAAUUUUCCUCUGUGUGCUCCUGUUGAUUCUUAUUGUCAAUAAGGUCAAAUUUUAGGGAGCAUCAACACUGAAAUGACUUCCAAAAUAUAGAAUAAAAAAAUCAAAUCAAAAAUCAAGUAAGUGAGUUACUUACAUUAUAUACAUACAUACAUCAGUAUCAGCACAGCCCCUAUGCCAGUGUGCCCCCUUGAGGGUUAGAAUAAUUUUGCAGAAUUGUUGCCCUACAACAAGAAUGGGUGUUACUAUUGUUUGUGUUCACAUCUUUUGACGUUGCAAAAAUCUCUACUGCACGGGUGUCAAACUCGAUCGCAUCACGUGACAUGAAGUAUCUUGACAUUUUGUGGCUUUGUGGAGCUGGGGUGGGCGUGGGCUGUGCGUGAUGCAUCCGGCCCGCAAGCCACCAGUGUAACACCCCUACUUCUCUAAAGCUCUCAAGAUUAUUUCUCCUCCAGCAAUAUUUUUAGUUCAGACAUCUAAUGCGGAACCUCUUGCUUGAUUUCCUUAGCAUGGGUGUGAGUGAUGUUUGGAUGAUUGUGUUCCGCAGAAAGAGCUGCACCUGUUGAUCUUUGGCCCAUUUUCAAUCUGGGAUUACUAUAUGGCAUUUAAACCUGUCUGUUCUAGAAGCUGAUUCAAUAAACACGUAUCAACAAGGAUGCCUCUGUGCAUUUGUGCAUACAAAUAUUUUUAAAAACUCUUCGUUGCUUCCUUAUAGACAGGAUCUGAAGAUAAUUACAAUGCAUCAAUAAAGAGAAAUGGUUUUUGACUUGAGUGCCUUUAUAGUCUCUGAAUUGCAGUCCACACCUCUCUAGCAGUGCAAGCAAUUUUUCCAUUUCUUCUAAUGCCUCAAAAAUUAUAGUCUUUUUCUCAACAAUAAAUCUAAAUUACCAUCUUC